ACAGUCCACAGUUAAUAUUGCAAAAUACUGCUGUACUACCAGCACUUUGUGGCACUGAGCCAGUGUAAGAAACAAACUUAUCAAAAGCAAGCUAUUUUUGUUGUUUAGCCAGUGCUUAGUAGAUUGACUUAGAAGGAAGUUAAAAAGUCUCCAUCCCAGGCCCAUAACAAUAUAAAUAGUCUCACAGAUCACGUGAGUAUGAAAUAUGCAUUUUUUUUUUUAUAAUUAUCAGUACAGAUUUUAAUACAGUGUUAUUCACUGUAAGUUGUCUAUCUCCUGGUGAAAUCAGUGUUAUGAAAUUGUUCGUUAUAUCUCUGUGUAUGGCUAUCACUUAGAAAACCCAUUGGCUGAUUUCAUCCAGAUUUGAAAGAUGGAAAUGCCUGUCUGAAAACUAGCAGGUGGGGAGAGGAGGAAAUCUGCACUCUUCUGCAAGAAAAGCAUCAAUCAGCCCUUGUUCUUUAUAGCAGUAGGUGGCAGGGCAGUUGAUAUACACAGAAUUCUUCACUAGCCAUUAUGUGAGCAAGAAACAGGAGGAAAAUUGAUAUGAGAGGUGGGUAAGGACUGCAGAUAUCGUUGUGGAUGGAGAGAAGAAUUUAGAGGGCAAGAGUUACAAAGCUGGAUUUCUUAAAGGUUUGCAACUUUAGGUAACGAGCACAGCUUGCUAUUCUUUUUGAAAUGUCCCUUCUGUAGCAAGAUUGUGGGGUUUAUUUGUUUGGGCUUUUUUUAAACAAACUGUUCCUAACAGCCCUUUUUGUUAUAACUUCUCUAUAAACAAUACUUUGAAGAUUUUGAGGUACAUCUUGGCUUAUGCACUGUUUUGCUGCUACACCUGCUGAUGUAAAACAGCCAUUAUCCAAUCUGAAACCUGUACAUGUUAAGUACUGUCUAUAACAGUAAUCUCAGUCUUCAGACAGAUUUGUUCUAUAGGGUAAAAAUGAAUGUAGGCGUUGCCCACAGCGAGGUAAAUCCAAACACACGGGUGAUGAACAGUCGUGGAAUGUGGCUGACGUAUGCCCUCGGAGUUGGCCUGCUGCACAUUGUCUUGCUCAGCAUUCCUUUCUUUAGUGUGCCUGUCGCCUGGACUUUAACAAAUGUGAUUCACAACCUGGGAAUGUAUGUGUUUUUGCAUGCAGUAAAGGGAACUCCUUUUGAAACACCGGAUCAGGGGAAAGCUAGGCUACUAACACACUGGGAACAACUGGAUUAUGGAGUACAAUUUACAUCUUCAAGAAAAUUCUUCACAAUCUCUCCUAUAAUUCUGUACUUCCUGGCGAGUUUCUACACAAAGUAUGAUUCAACACACUUUAUUCUCAACACGACCUCCCUCCUGACCGUGCUCAUCCCCAAGCUGCCACAGUUGCAUGGCGUUCGAAUCUUUGGCAUCAAUAAAUACUAAGCAGAAGGUUUGACACUGACCGCCCCUGACAUGGCUGAUGCUGCUCCCCAGGGGAAGGAAUCGAGUAGUCUGCUAUGCCUAGUGUCUAAUUGUAUUCAAUGAAAGAUGCUUUUACAGCUGAGAUACAGUUCCUGCAUCCUGCAACUUUGUCUGGGAUGAAAGUUGAGUUUGUAAGAAGAUGCCUUCAAACACCUACACGUGAAUUGGUAAACGUUUAGAAGAAAGAUUUCCAUGAAGAGCUGGGCAGGCCCAGCUCUAAAGUGAAAACCCACUGAGACUAUGUAUGCCUGCAUGAUGCAAGUGACCUGUAAGGAAGUAACAGCGAGUAUUAUCUGGAAGUAGAGAGCAGUGUUUCGCAAAUACCCAGUCAACAAUAAUGCAGAUGGUAACUUUACAUGUAAAUCCAGGAUUCUCCACACACAGACUAGUGAGGCUGUAGUCUUAGGUUGAGUGAGAGUACCUAGUUUCUGCUGUGUGGAUUGUAGGUGGUUGUACUUGUUCCUGCAUUGUAAAGGUUUGUCUUGCAGUACGUACUGUGACAGCCAGCAUAAGCUGAUGGGAUCAGUCAUGCCUUACCUGUUCUUGUGAUUAUUCUUUUGUCACAGUGACCAAAAAAAGUCCUUAAAUGUCAGCUCGGGGGACUUCUACAUCAACUCAAUAGCUCAGUUUAUGUAUGCUUUUAGAA